ACCAAAGUGCAGUUACAAAACUAAGCUGUAAUCUCGUGCUUUCAAUAUACAGUACAGCUUUCUGCAAUUGGAGAUCAAACAAAGAAGUCAAGUCAAGUAACUUGUAACAGAUGCAGCAGCGUUUGUGAGAAUCAACCUACGCUCACUGACUUUCCUUUGACAAAACACUCACUCUGCAAUGAUGAAUGUGUCAGGUGACGACUGCACUCCCCCCUCGGCAGAGUACCAGUACUACUUUUUCCCAACGGUCUACAUCCUCGCUUUAGUUAUAGGCCUACCAGGAAAUCUGGCUGCCCUCUUCUUCUUCACCUUCAGGAUCAAUCCCCGCACGGCCUUCAGUGUUUACAUCAGCAACCUUGCUCUGGCAGACACCGUCAUCCUCUGCACCCUGCCCUUUAAGAUCCACUACCACCUCAACAGAAACAACUGGGUGUUUGGGGAUGUCGCCUGCCGUGUCACCGGGAUAAUGUUCUUCGCCAACAUCUACCUGAGCAUCUGCUUCAUGACUUGUAUCUGUGUGGAUCGCUACAUGGCCACAGUACACCCGCACACCUAUUUGAGGCUGCGGAGCCCCUUAUGCUCCCUGGUUGUGAGCGGGUUGCUCUGGUGUGUAUUUGUUGUGGCCAUGCUGGUAUUUGUCCUCAUGGGACCCCUGGAAACCAAGGCAGAUAUAUCUGGAAACCACAGCUGCUUUGAGAAUUUCGCCACAAAAGAGUGGAACACGCGCUUGGGGGGGUACAGCCUGGUGUGUCUGAUCUUUGGCUCCCUGCUGCCCUCCAUGAUCAUCCUGGUGUGUUACCCGCUGGCUGCCAGGCGCAUUUCCAUGAUUAGGACUAAAACAGCCCAAAAAGCAGUGAAGGUAAUUUACACCAUCCUGGCUAUAACGCUGCUCUGCUUCCUGCCCAACCACGUGGUGUACCUGCUGCACCUCCUCCGACGUAAAGGGGUCAUCAAGAGCUGCUCCUUGGGAAACGUCAUCUACGACGCCAGGCGGGUCACUAUGGCGCUCGUCAUCCUCAACACAUGCCUGGACCCCGUGCUUUACUACGUCACCACCAACCACUGCAAAUGGAAGCAGUUUAAGUUGGCAUGGUGGGGAAGAGUCCGGAGAAGAAGGGGUGUAUAUACCAUUGGGUAACGGUGUAUGCAUACU